CAUGUAAGAGCAAGAGCCUGUGACAUGAGUAUUUGUUACCUGACACCCCCGCUCCAGUUCCUAUAUGAAGAUAUUGCCCACGCUCAGGAAGUAUUUCAUUUAUUGUGUAUAUUCAGCCACUCAAACUCAAAAUUAUUCAAUUUCUUUUUCAUAUUUUGAUUGUCUGCGCAGAGACAAAAAAACUUUUUUCUGGGCUACAGACCCACAGAACAAAGACUAGAAACAAAAAGGACAACAGGUAUGGCUUGCUUUGCGCCGAAGAAGGCUUGGCGAGACUUCGAGGAGGCUAUCUUCGUUACGUGGCCCGGAAUCUGCGAAGCCUUCGAUACGUACGUUGGCCACGUGACGAAUGCGCAGGAACAGGACGAGAAUUACGGUGGGGCGAAGCAAGUAUACCUGCGGAAGUGCGCAACGGAAAAAAUUGCGGUGCACGAGAAGUUUGUGAAUGGGAACAAAAGCUACGAUCAGCUGCGGGUCCAGCUUUUCGAGUAUCAUGAAAAAUUCUCGAUUCACCAUCACCGCGUUCGGCUGGCCAUCGACCGCAUGUACCUGGAAUUAGAGCUGCUCCCUCCGGGCAAGCGCGGCUGCGUCCCGCCGUGGAGCCGGCGGCGCAUGGCCAACGUAUUCUCCCAGCAGCAGGACUGGAUGCAGGCUCUAUAUCACGGGUUGACGCUGCUGGAAACCACGCGGGCUGUGAUGUGGAAACUGGUGGACCCCAACUGGACCGGCACCCGCGAUUCUGCGGCAGAGAAGGAAAAAUUGACUAACCUGUCGGCUUCGUUUCUUUCCUCGCCAUCAAGACGCGGUGAACGACCGGGGUCGCCCUUCUCGGAAGCGCUUGCGGCCCUGGAUAACAACGAAAAAACGUUGCUCACGAGUGACAUGCCGGGAAUCACACACCCCGCCCUGAACGUGUUCGAGGUGGUAUCCGAGCAGCGAAUUAUCGGUGACAACUACACGAAGACGAAGGGGGGCGAAUCGGUGCAGUCGGCCACCAAGAUGCGUUUUUUUCAAACCACCGCCAGUGCCCGUGCGGGCGAGCUCGUGUUCCCGGUGCCGAUGCUGCGCUGCACCCUGGGCGAGGCGGUGCUGCUGAUCGCGGACGUGUUCCGGAAAAUGCUGUGCACGUACCUGCAACUUCCCCCCACGGCCGCCGGGCGCUUGCAGCUUCCCGUCCUGGCCCCGGAAAUUCUGAAGCAGAACCGCAGCCGCGGGGUCUUCGCCCAGGAGGAGGUUGUCACGCAGCUGUGUUUGACCGCGUUGGCGCUGGCGCUCGUGCGCCUCAGUGUCAGCCAGCUGGCCACCUUGAAACAGCGGAACCCGGACAAGAUCCAGCUCUACUACUCCUCCGCGUCGUCCGCCGUGUCCACCACCGUGCAGGAUCUUUUAACGAAAAAGCAGGGACUCGUGAAGAGUGUGCUCGUCCUGGGCCCGGAGUGGGGCGCGGUAGAGGAGGGCGGAAAGUGGCUACGACAGAGCAACUACGCAUUGGAAGCCCGUGCAGCGUCGUACUCGUACUAGUCCAUGAUAGAAUGAAUUGGAGCAGGGUCAUUUUAUAUGGGCGACAACUUUUGAUCUUGUAAUUUUGUUGAACGUCGAGUAAAAUAAAUCACUGAUCUGAAGUCAUUCUUAGUGGAAGGAGGGAGUAGCACGCAGCAGCCUGUCAAAGGGCUCACUGCCAGCAUUAUCAUCGUCAUCGCUAAGCUUCGAAGAUGGUGGCGGAAUUAUAUCAGAUAUCUUUUAUCUCAAUGCAUGAACCUCACAUGGUACUCCACGGCAUUAUCGCCAUCGCGCUUUAUAUAUUUUUAUUGUCAUGACAAUACUAUGUUGCAAUUCGUAUGAGUGCGGUAAUUUUGCACAGAAUAGCAACAGUAUGGAGAAUCGGUGCCGGCGCUUGUUGGAGGUGAUGCGCACCCUGCAAACUCUGUGGGGCGGCGGCUACCGGGUUCCGGGAACGGGGGAGUUUAUCAAAUGUAAAAAUGUCUGGGUCUGGAAGAUUCCGAGAUUUGUCAUGCAGUAUUUCCAAGGUCCACCAAGUCUGGAAUGCAGGGCAUAGCAUCACAGGUUCUGCAGCCCCUUGCUGAUGCCCAUUAUGCAUGAGAAAUGCCCUCUGAGCAUGGCGAGAAAUGGGGACCUUUUGCAAGUCAUGCAACACAGAUUUUUGUAUCAUCCGCAACACGCAUCACAAGUUCGUAUUCUUCCAGACCCAGACUGACAUUUUUACAUUUGAUGGAGUUGCAGUCGCUGCAAUUUCCGAAUUUUUGUGCGGAAAAGACGCAGGUUCUUCAGUUGGAUGCAAACCUCGUGAAAUUUAUGGAAACAAAAGGAAAGCUGAGUGCUGAAACGACAGCCAAAGUGGCCGCACUGUUUGGAAUAAGAAUCGAAGAUGCAGCAACUGCCAUAGGACCAGGAUCGGCCGCAACUGCAACUACCUUGAGAGACGUUGACGUGGCCUCCAAAAGCUCAGAGAAUAGACCUGCUGUGGCCCCCAGCAGCACUAACGCGGACAUCCACAUCGGGGCUGCAACCGGAAGCGCAGCGACUGCAGCUGGUGCCCCAAACGCUGCGCCAGUAUCAUCCACCGUACCUGCGAAAGUGAAAAAUAAAGGUGGCUCAUCCGGUAUGUGCUGUUGUGCCCAGGACGGUGACGCACAGGGUGCGGAGGCCGAAGCGGCGGCCGUGCCUGACGUCAAGGGCCUGGCACGAUUUUCGAUUGCAUCGAUCGACGAUAUUAGGGCUGGCGAGGGUGAGGAGGGAGAUCCGCUGGCCGCUCUAGCACAAGGGCAAGAUGAUCCUAGAAGUACCAACAAGAAUAAUACGAAUGGUGCUACCAGCGGACUACAGCUAAAUGAUUCGCCCGUCGUAUCACCGCAAGCGCAAGAGGGAGCUGCCGACGGCCAGACAACGUUCGAGAUCCUCUCUGGUGCCCCAGUCAAGGGCACAACCGCGAUGGGGGUCGCUCGCAGUCGGGCGGAGAGCGGUGACAAGCGAGUCGUUGCUUUGAAUGCCGCUGCAGCAUUCAAGGUGGGCGGGGGUGCCUUGACCGGGGGUCGGCAUGCGCUCGAGGAGUCGUGGUGUGCGACCACGACGCUGCUCCGCAGUUUGUUGCAGGCACAAUUUAUGGUAGAGCGUGGAUCCAUCGGACCGCGCAGCAUUUCUUCCGGUCUACUCAAAGACAAUCGUGCUUCAGUAGCAAGUGCCGCAACCACUCGCAGUCCGCGGAUGAGUGCCAACGUCAGGGUGACCACCACCUCGACUGCGGCGACUACUCCAGCGCAGUCCAGCACGCAUCAUGGGGCAGAAAAACGAUAUUUUCCGAGUUACUCAUGCGUGAUGUCACCCAAGGUAGAAAUUUUCCGCGGGUCCAUCUUCGACAACUACAGAUUCUUGCCGAACUAUCAAGGCAAAAAAGUUCUUCGUCACGAAAACUCAUUGGGUUCGGCUUCGGGGGCGGGCAUGAGCUUUGCAAUACAAGCAGCAUAUUUAUUGUCUGCGAAGAUGAUCCAUAAGAAAGCAUCACAGGGAGUUGAAUUGUCAAGUAGUAUGCGAUGUGAUUACGGAUGUGAUUGCUUUUCUGCAACAAAAGAAAAAGUUGGAAUCUUCCUUCGCAGGAGAUGAAAGCUUCUGCAAAACCCUCCAAACCUGCCGAUGAAUAGUGACUAAAGCGAUCUUUUUUCCUUCCACGCCCAACCAGUGGCGCUCGCUGGCGUGGUGUCCAUUGCGGCCUUCAACUGUAAUCCGAGUGUGCGUGACGCUCCCAUCGACGCUCCGCAGGACCCCAGUGCGUAUCGAGACGGGCUCCGCCGAAAGUGGUUUGUGGCACUGUGCGGCGCCGCACUUCUAGAAGGUCAGGUUCUUGUAGUUCCGGACGUCGGCUGCGGCGUGUUUCGAAACCCGCCCGAGGAAGUGGGCGACGCUUUUGCGUUUGUGUACUCGCAGUUUUUCGCCAACACAUUUGAGCGCGUUGUUCUCUUAGGGAAUCCAGCUUUUUGCGAGCGUGCUGCCGCCGGGGCCGCAGUCGUAGUCCGAGCGCAGUGAAGUGGACGAGCUCGUCCUCGCCGCAACUCUGUUUCGGUUUCCUUCUUCUUCUUCUUCACCUUCCUCUUCAGGAAGCAGGAGCAUCAGUAUAUUCGACUCGCGAAAAAUUUUGCGGAAAGGCAGCAGCUCUUGGUGCUACCAGCGGGAGCCUAUCGCUUUCCUUGUGUAUGAUGAAUGUCUGCCUAGUACUACUACCGAGGGCUUAUUUAACAUUGAUUGCAGGUUUCAUUUACAUUUUAAUAUCAUACUGUGAGAUGUUUAUAUAUUGCGUUUGCGCUUGAAUCGACGAGGGCCGCAGAGUUUUCGUAGAGGGCGGCAAGAACUGAUUUCGCGUGCGUAUCUUUCUACGAGGCUGCUCUUGAUGUGAGUUUCCAUUGAGGACAGGAGACUAUUGAGGUGGUGGAAAAUCAAAGAGGCGAAGUAGAAGGCUUCUUAGCUGCAUCAAAAACCACCUCAAACUUUUGACGCGUCUACGCUUUCGUCGAGAAUGACGAUGGUAGGAUCUUCCGCACGUUAACGUCUUCUGUUCUUGUUUCAAUACUUUAAUAUAAUACCAAAAGAGCUGCAUCAGAUUCAGAGUACUCCUUGUCAGUGAUGUGCGAUUUUGCGAAUGAGUAGAUGCUGGCGGAGCAGCUCUGUGAAGGUGAACAAAAAACAAAAUAAAGAAUAGGACGGAGUGGAGAUGAUUUUUGGUGCACUCUGUUAU